CUCGUGUUUACUUUUGUAUAGUCACAUCACUUCCUACAGCAUUCAGCCUUGUUUUUGAUUCUUGAGCAAUGUAUCGCAGACACUUGACUGUACAUAUGAAGAUCUGAAGCUACGACAAGCUUUUCGGGUACAUGCAUUUCUUUGGACUGAUUUACGAACGAACUACACAUGGAUAAGUUUUGGGAUUUAAACAGGAACAAAACCAAAAAACAUGAAAAUAUCAGCGGCUUGGAGAGACGAAAGUCCUCAAAUGCAAGAACACAGAGAUAGAGUGUCGACGAUCUCGAAACAGAUUGCUCAAUUCAACGCCUCAGACGCGCCAUUCCGAAUCUUCCACGGCAACACCAACUCGACUCGACCCAGCGUUCGGACCAAGACAGGUACGGUCGACAUUUCAGCACUCAAGAACGUCCUAUCUGUGGAUACGUCCUCAAAAAAAUGCCUCGUCGAGCCCAACGUACCCAUGGACGCCUUGGUGGCCGCGACAUUACCUCACGGGCUGGUACCUCCUGUCGUGCCCGAGUUCCCCGGCAUCACGGUCGGAGGUGCCGUCGCAGGCACGGCGGGGGAGAGUAGUAGUUUCCGACACGGCUUCUUCGACAAGUCGAUGACCUGGGCCGAAGUCGUUCUGGCCGACGGUGAGGUGGUUGUCGCUUCCAACGACCAAAACCAGGAUUUGUUCCUUGGGCUGGCGGGGACUUUUGGUACAUUGGGAGUGGCUACAUUGUUUGAGAUUUCCCUUGUUCCGGCAAAAGAGUACGUGGAACUCUCUUAUGUUCCAGUCAGUAACAUUGAACACGCCCAGCGAGUCAUUCGACAAGUCUCUGAAGAAGCCGACGAGAUGAACUUUUUGGAUGGUAUCAUGUUUGGACCGGAUAAAGGUAUUGUCAUGGCUGGGAAGUUUGUAGACAAAACCACAACGACCGUCGCCGGCACUCCCCUCCCUGUAGUAACGUUUACUGGAGCAUGGGAUCAAUGGUUUUAUCUACACGCCGGACAAGUCAUGGACGAAUACUUACCCUCGGCAGCCUCAACCCCGGCUUCUCCCACUGCUAGCUCUUCUUCUUCCAAACUCGACUCUAUCCAUAUCGUCCACCGAGACCUCAUCCCAUUACAGGAUUACCUGUUCCGUUACGACCGCGGAGCCUUUUGGACCGGUAGAUUUGCAUUCACCUACUUUUUGACCCCCUUCACUCGGCUCACCAGGUGGUUGGUCGACUAUUACAUGCACACCAGGGUCAUGUACCACGCCUUGCACCGAUCCGGACUCAUGCAGAGGUUCAUCAUCCAAGACAUGGCCUUGCCGAACCGAAACGUACCCGACUUUUCCCACUGGUUGGACCUCGAGCUGCCACACAUUUACCCACGUUGGUUGUGUCCUCUCAAGACCGACGAGACUGUCAGUAUGCACCCUCACUUGGCUCCUGCCGCUCGUCACAAUGAUGAUGUACUCCUGAACAUCGGAGUCUGGGGACCGACACCUCCCACCGUGACUCAAGUCAACAUCAACCGUCGCAUCGAGUCCAAAUUGGUUUCUCUCCAAGGAAUGAAAUGGUUGUACGCUCAAACUUUUUAUACCGAGGACGAAUUUUGGAACAUUUAUGACCGAAAAUGGUACGAGUCGUUGAGGGAAAAGUAUCGAGCUCAGAAAUUACCUAGCGUUUAUGAGAAAGUAAGGACCAAGUUUGAUGAUGCUGGCGGUAACACCAACACAAACAAUAUCAGGCUUGGUAUAGAAAAGGGAUUCUGGAGUACAUGGCCUUUUGCUGGUAUAUAUGGCGUGUUGAGUGCCAUCAAGGGUGGUGAUUAUUUGAGGAAGAGUACCUAAACGAGAGUUUCAUUACCCCGGGGCGGAGACUGGACGAUAUCUACUCCGGACUCAGGUCAGGUAUAG